GCCACAACUCAUCUGGUAACUUGAGCACGUAAACUGAGACAUUAAUGUGCCACAUAAGCAGAAUAUCGCAUACCGUUCACAGGUUCCUUACUUUCUGCUUGACAGUUUCACAUGAAAACCAUACAUAAGUUGCUCACAUGUGUUUAUUGAAAACUAUACACAAAUUUGUGGGCCUUUUGUUUUUGCAACAAUGGAGGAGGCGAGCGGUUGAAUAAUCUUUUUUUUAUAUAUUUUUGACAGCUAUUUGUUUUGUUGAGCAGGCCAAAAAUAGAUACGAGUAUCUAUGCAAAUCAGGAAACGUGUUUGAAACGAAUCAAAACUUGUGGGUUUGGAUUCCAUGAAAAGUGUCACAACAUUGCCUAGGGAAAGGGGGAACAAAAGUGCCAGAUGAGGUAGGUGGCCAAGUAAUCGAUACUCCACUUUAAAUUUGUCUAGUUUCUAGUUUAGUCAACAUUUUAUGAACUGACCAAACCCUUUCCGGACUUUUCGAACCACUCUGGCCGCCCCUCCACUUUCAACUGCAAAGUUUUGCAUCAACUCAAAAGCCAUACGCAUCAAUGAAAGACGAUGGCGAAACGUCUUCGCAGCCGGAGUCGUCAGGUGGGUUAAUAAUUCUAAUUGAAAAAGGCAAUUUGUAUGCGGCGGGCGAAGGGAAACCAAAGGCAGCACGGACAGACAAAAGCACUCAAUAUAAUUAAAUUGACGACGGACCACCCAGCGCCAAUAACUCCACCAUCUGCACCAGCAAUUCAAGUAAUAGUUUCAAAAUGCCCCGACUGUUCAGUACACGGCGCCUCUUCUUUGGCGGCAAGAAUAGGUUUACCCUUUGCACUGGAAUUUAUUUGCUACUCCUGGGCACCGCAUGCUUUUUGAUUAUACGGCAAGUCUGUAGGGACUUCGAAACUGAAGAGGUCGCGGUUUCUGUCGCUCCACCUCCACGCAUUUUCUGCAUAAUUAAGUCAUAUGCGUACCGCCACGAGCAUGCCUCAAUCCACAUCCAUCGCACUUGGGCCAAGCACUGCGAUCACCACCUAUUCGUCAGCGAUGAUGUUCAUCCCUACUUGGAGCCGGCGGUGUUUCUGAAUCUCCACGACAAAUGGCUUCGGCUGAGGGCCCACCUGGAGUACGUCUACAAGUAUCACUUCCAUCAGGGGGACUGGUUCCUCUACGCCAAUGAUGAUAAUUUUGUGGUUGUGGAGAACCUUCGAGACAUGUUGAAGUCCUACAGCCCCGAUGAGCUUAUCUAUUUCGGCUGCAAACUGCGCACACCCAACGGUUUGGUCUUUAUGUACGAAGCAUCCGGCAUUGUCCUCAGUGGAGCUGCUCUGAAGCGAUUUACACUCUCUGCGCUGACCAACGAAAGCAUCUGCAGCUCGAAGGAAAAGGGAAAUGAGGCCACCGAGGAACUGGGUCGAUGUCUCACCAAUGUCAAUGUGAUAGCCGGCAAUAGUCGAGAUGAGUGGCAGGGACACCGAUUCCUGCCCUUCGAAUACGAUGUGCAUUUGGGGGGCCACUUAAACGAAUCCCUCGAACUACACAAAUAUUUCCUGAGCCAUUCAUACUAUCCAGUAAUUGAUAUGAACUUGCCGGUUUCUUUGCGAUCAAUUUGCUCUCACUUGAACAGCAUUUACAACAUUUAUGACUUGUACUACUUUACAUAUAAAGUUCGAAUGUUUGGAGUUCCAUUCGAUUUUGAGUCUGAUCACAACAAUUUAUGGAAUAGACAACUUUUACAUGGAUGA